GCGGAAGGAGCCCGGGCCGAGGGGGGGAGGGGAGGGAAGGCGGCCGACAACGAGCGACUGAGGAGGAUGAACAACAAGUUCGACGCUCUGAAGGACGAUGACAGUGGAGACCAUGACCAGAACGAAGAGAACGGCACACAGAAAGAUGGUGAGAAGGAAAAAGAUGAUAGAGACAAAUCCCAGAGCAGCAGCAAGAGGAAGGCUGUGGUUCCAGGGCCAGCUGAGCACCCUCUGCAGUAUAAUUACACCUUCUGGUACUCCAGACGGACGCCCGGGAGGCCCACCAGCUCGCAAAGUUACGAACAGAACAUCAAGCAAAUCGGCACCUUUGCCUCCGUGGAGCAGUUCUGGAGGUUUUACAGUCACAUGGUCCGCCCUGGGGACCUGACAGGGCACAGCGACUUCCAUCUUUUCAAAGAAGGAAUCAAACCCAUGUGGGAGGAUGACGCCAACAAGAAUGGCGGCAAGUGGAUUAUCCGCCUCCGGAAGGGCUUAGCCUCUCGCUGCUGGGAGAACCUCAUUUUGGCCAUGCUGGGAGAACAAUUCAUGGUGGGGGAAGAAAUCUGUGGGGCGGUCGUCUCUGUUCGUUUCCAGGAGGAUAUCAUCUCCAUAUGGAACAAGACGGCCAGCGACCAAGCGACCACCGCCCGGAUACGGGACACGUUGCGGCGCGUGCUCAACCUGCCCCCCAACACCAUCAUGGAAUACAAAACGCACACGGACAGCAUCAAGGCCUGGGAGGAGUUUCACGGCCUGGUGAACAGCAGCGGUCGCUGAACGGGGCGCGCUCCCUCCCUCUCUCACACACCCAGGGGAUAACUCAAGCUUCCGAAAUACCAAGAUCACUUUGUGAGGAGGGGAAGGGCGGCGCUCAGCUCUUCCUCCUCCAUUUGGCCCAGGAAAAAAGGGGGGAGGGGGU